AUGCCGCGACCGUCGCGCGUCGCGCGCGCGUCGUCGCGCGUCGUCGCGCGCGCGCCGACGUCGAGCGCGCGACGCGUCGAGCGCCGAGGCGCGGCGCGCGACGCGACGCUGACGCGACUCGGCGACGCGACGCUGCCGCACCCGCACGACGACCACGUCCGACUCGACGUGUACGUCGGCGCGUGUCGAUGCGGACGCGCGAGCGACGCGCGCGACGUGCGAUUGGUGCUGCCAGAGAGCGAGGAAGCGGUCGUGGACGUGUACGCCGCGCUGGGACGGCCGAACGAUGACCCGCACUGGGCGGAUUUGUGGCACGGCGGCGUGGCGCUCGCGACGAAAAUCUUCGAGACGCCCGAACUCGUGCGAGGGAAGCGCGUGAUCGAUUUAGGGUGCGGAUUAGGGAUAGCGGGGAUAGCGGCGGCGAUGGUCGGCGCGAGAGAGGUGGUGAUGACGGAUAGGGAGGAACGCGCGCUGUGGUGCGCGCUCGCGGGGUGCAAGGCGAACGGGGUGCGAGACGUGCGAGAGAUGCCGGCGGUUUGGAACGCGCCGGACGAUUGCGCGCUGCCGACGCUGCCGGUUUUUGAUGACGUUCGCGAUUGUGGGUCGGAUUGCGUCGUGCGCGCGGCGAAGGUGGAUUGGUUCGAGCCCGAGCUCGCGCCGGGGGGAUUCGACGUCGCGUUGGCGUGCGACGUGUUGUACACCCCGGACGCCGUGGACGCCAUCGCGACUUUGGUGCUGCGAUUGUUCGAAGACGACGGUGGGGACGGCGGUAAAGCCAUCGGCGCGAGCUCGAGCGAGGGCGAAGGGACGUUCAUGUUGGCCGAUCCCCCGGGACGGUUUCCGAAGAAUCACGAGCGUUUCAUGUCGCUCAUGGAAAAUCCGUCGCGCAUCCCCGGAUUCGACGGUGGCGGUCGUCGAUCGAUCGUGCGCGUCACAUCUUCGAUCGAAGAAUGUUUAAACUUAGAACUCGAGACGAUGGCGGUGAAAUUAUCGACGUACGACAUCGCGUCGAGGUAGCGAACGACGAGCGCGCCGAGCGUUCGCGCCGAGCCGUCUCGCGCAAACUAGUGUAGAU